AAGGCGUUCCAAUCAAAUCAGUCAGUGCUCACACCUUCACACACACGAUAAGUGCAGUGUAAAAGAGAGAAAGGAGUACAAUCAGCAGCUCUCACAGACCGACAACCCAGCACGGAGCAACAGCUGAUUAUGAAAUGAGUGCUGAACAAAAUUAUCAGAAGUUGAAUCACGAAGAUCGCAUGGACAGUGGUAUCUUUGAAAUAGAGAACAGCAGAAACAGGAAGAUAGAUGGUGGAAGCUACUCAGACAAUGUUGUCACAGAGGUGAUAACAACAAAAGUGACCUCACUCCCACCACGAGGCACUUACAGCAGCACUGGUUCUUCCUCUCGACGCCAGGUUCUCCUAGGAGGGACUGAUACAGAGGGCACCAUAACCAGCUACAACAGUACACAGGGACGAGGCACCUUCAGUGGAUAUUCAAGAACCAGAUUUCCCAGCUCCACGCUUUCCAUUUCACCAGAUACAACACUGGAACGGAAAACGUUUGUCAGACGGAAUGGAGGAUACGAGGGAAGUUCCAGUGGCAAUUCCUCCCCAGAAUUCUCACGAAAAGAAUUCAGUACCUCAAAUACUAGAGGGAGGAGUCAGAGUCGAGAGAGUGCAAUCCGGGCCCGGCUGCAGAGUGCUUCACCAUCCGGACGAUGGACAGAGUUGGAUGAUGUGAAACGGUUAUUGAAAGGCAGCCGAUCGGCCAGCAUCAGUCCACCUCGCACGACUACUAGCACCCUGCCAUAUCCCAAAAAGGCUGUUGUGGAAACUAAGAUGGUGAGCGCAAGUUCACAGUCAGUGUCUGGGAGAUAUGAUACUGCUAUCCUGAGUGCUGCUUUACCUGCCUACAUCUGGACUACGCCUGUACCGGCCGGUGGCUCCAGUAUCGGAGUGACGGAGUAUCGUAACAACCUCUCCUCGGCUGGGACACAAAUGUUCAAUACAGCAGGAUCCACUUCUCUAAUAGUAAAUGAAAUCCAGAAUAACAAAGCUACAAGCCCAGUGACAGGGACUGUGGGAAUGACCACUUCAACAGUUCAAGGGGUUCAGAACAAUCUAACAGCCGCAUCCAGUUUGGUCACUAGUCCAACACAGACCCAGACUAACUCCAACUCAGCACUGGCGGUGCAGAAAAACCUUGCUUUGAAUUCCAGUGGUGUUACUGGCCAGACUAGCUCCACAGUGGGGACCACAGGCACUGACGACAUUUUACAGAAAGACUACAAGUUUUUGCUGCUGGAGAAGGAAAACACUCCUCCUAAAAAGGACACAGAGCUUCUGAUCAUGACCAAGGACAGCGGCAAACUCUUCACUGCGUCUCCUGCCAGCUUUACUGCGUCAACCACAGAUGAUGGUUUGAAGAAAGAACAGAUAGUGAUGAGCAGUGCUGCAUCGGGGCUCAAGGCUCAUACAAACGGAGGUCUGAAGAUGGCAACUAAGGACAAGGUAACGUAUGCAGAGAUCCGGUCGAGUGAGGAGAAUGUGGGCUCCUUGCCUUCCUGGUGCUCCUGCUGUCGUUGCUGCACCUGGUGGAAGUGGCUGCUGGGACUGCUCUUGGCCUGGUUACUGCUCCUUGGCCUCCUACUCGGCCUCAUUGCACUGGCGGAAGAGGUAAAGAAGCUGAAAAGCCGUGUCAGCGAACUGGAAUCAAGACCAACAUUUGGGAAGCUUCAUUCUGACCCUGUUAAUAUCCCGAAGGAAGAAUGGGAUAGACAGCUGGGCGCGGCAGCUGGUGGCUCAGAAACAAACAUUGAACGUAACAUAUGGACCCGGAUAAAAAACAAAUUAGAGACCCCAGAAUAUCAAGAUUCGGUGAGAGGACGACAGGGUCCUCCAGGGGUUAAAGGUGAUCAAGGAUUUCCUGGAAUGCCAGGUCCAAUGGGUCCUCAUGGAGCCCCUGGACAUGACGGUCAAAGAGGACCGAAAGGAGACGCGGGUGAACGUGGAGAGAAAGGGGCGAAGGGAGCUUCAGGUGAUUCUGGGUCAUUUACGAAAGGAGAGCGAGGUGAACCAGGUCUACCUGGCCUCCCAGGACUACCAGGAACGAAAGGUGCCACUGGAAUGCCUGGUUCUCAAGGUCAUCCAGGAUCACAAGGGUUCAAAGGUGACUCUGGACUUCCAGGCCCUAAAGGUGAAAGAGGAUUGAGUGGCCUUCCUGGACCUAAAGGUGAUGCAGGAGAGAGAGGUGCUCGUGGUUUACAGGGUGAACAAGGUCCUCGAGGGCUGCCUGGUGUCGCAGGAGAACCAGGACAGAAGGGAUCAACUGGUUCUCAAGGAGCUGAUGGUCGCCGUGGCCUCCGAGGUGAACCAGGAGCUCGAGGUUUACCAGGACUACCAGGAAUUGCAGGCCCCCCUGGUCAACCCGGUGCACCAGGAAAGGUCAUUAACUACAGUGGGUCAAAUGGAAAUCCAGUUGUACAGGGACCACCAGGACCUCCCGGACCACCUGGGCUCCCAGGACAAUCAGGCAAGAGUAUUGUUGGACCCCCAGGACCACCAGGACCUGCAGGCCCUAAAGGGGCCUCGGUUGAAGGACCUCGGGGACCACCUGGACUGCCCGGUGCUGCUGGUGUUCCAGGACCUCGAUUAACUGGACCACCUGGACCCCCAGGACCUCCCGGACCUCGAGGUGAAGCUGGUCAACCAGGAUUACCUGGUGUUUCUGGUGGUGGUGAUUCAUACGUUCCUGGCCCUCCAGGACCACCAGGACCCCCUGGACCUCCUGGACAGAAAGGUGACAGAGGUGACAGAGGAGAGGUUGGAAUUCCAGGAGCUCCAGGUAUUCCUGGAAGAUCGUCACGAGUUACAACGAAUGGUGGAAGACUUCAAGGACCCCCUGGACCUCCUGGCCCACCAGGACCACAAGGUCCUCCAGGAGAAUCCGGAUCAACUUUCAGGGCUAAUGUUAGACAGACGGUGAUGGAAUACCUCCAGACUGAUGGUGUCCGCCGAUCAAUUGUCGGACCGCCAGGACCACCCGGUCCUAAGGGCGAUCGCGGAGCAAUUGGACGUCGGGAAUAUUCAGAAAUCUCCACCCAAGUCAUUGACUACAUGAGAAGUUCAGGUGUGGGUUUCGGUGCGAGAGGACCUCCAGGACCCCCUGGUCCUCCAGGAACAAUAUCGAAUGCUGACCUGUCUCUCUACCUUCAGAAUGAGGAUAUCCAACGAUAUCUUCGCGGUCCCCAGGGGCCUCCUGGAGCCCCUGGCCCACAAGGGGAUGGGAUGAGUCGGGCAGAGCUGGAGGCUUACAUCACCGAUUAUACCAGAAGUUGGGUGGCUGGGUCAGGCCGGCCUGGUCCUCCAGGACCCCCAGGAGUUCCUGGUACCCCAGGAUCUAUCUCGCUAUCAGGGGAUCUCAAUGCCAUGCUCCAGGAUGAGAAUGUUCGGCGAUAUUUGAUGGGACCACCAGGACCUCCAGGACCACCUGGUCGCCCAGGUUAUACAGCGUCAGAAGGAACGACCAACAUUCAGCUCAAUUAUGAAGACAUUGCCACCCGUGUCCGUGAUUACAUGAGGAGUUCAGGAAUGAGUUUUGGGGUCCAAGGACCACCCGGCCCUCCUGGAUCACCAGGCACUGUGUCCAGCACUGAGCUGAUGGCUCUUCUACAGACCUCUUCCUUUAGGAGGAUCCUUGGACAGCCUGGACCUCCUGGGCCACGAGGUUUACCAGGACCAGCUGGACCCCCUGGGCUUGGGGGCGGGAACUUCCGCAUUGAAGAUGUCAUUUCCUACAUUCAAAACUCGGGUUAUAGUAUUGCAGGCCCUCAAGGACCCCCAGGACCACCAGGGCCUCCAGGAUCACCAGGAAUUGGAGGAGGUUUAUAUCCUGAAGCUCAGCAGAAAAUGAAGCGCGAGAUUAUUGAAUAUUUCUCAAGUGAUAGAAUGAGACCAUACAUUACUGGACCAGCAGGACCCCCAGGACCCCCAGGACGCAUUGUAUAUUCUGAAGUAGCUCCACGUCUCGCUCGGUAUAUGAAAGAUAAUGGGCUGAUCGAUACUCGCACCAUCAUCAUUGGCGGUCCUGGACGUCACAGAGUACUCUGGCAAGAUGGAACAUAUAGAAAUGAUACCGAACUGGAGAAGUACCUGAGAGAACAUGGAGUUGAUCUGGGGUCAGUGGAUGGAGGACAAGGGAAUGCCCAGGCUGCAGGAGGUAACAGGUGGAGUGUGCACACAUCACAUGGUUCAUCCCAACCAUCACAGGUACCUGGGGCAUCUGGCCGUUCUGUGUUUGAUUGGGAGAAAGCAUUCAAUGGGAACAGGACAGCCUACGAGGAAUAUCUCCGAGAAAAUGGCUGGACUGUGUACAGGUCACCUAGCUCAGGAGGAUCUGGGACAUCUGGCAUUCUCGAAGACAAUUGGGAGAAAUUCUUCAAUGGGAAUAGGACAGCGUAUGAUGAAUACCUGAGAGGUUUCGGUGUACAUUCAGCAGCAUCAGGAGGUGGUGCAACACUUACAAGAGGAGCCAGUCGAUCACACCAUACAUUAUCCAGCUUCUCCAGCCAGUCAGAUGGAUCUGGAGCUCGUCGUGUCUCUGAAACAUCACACAGUUCCUCCAGUCAAUCAACUUCCUCUAGUUCUUCCCAUUCUUCAGGAGGAGUUUGGCAUGAUGGGACCUACAGGAGCGAUGCUGAGUUAGACUUGCAAAAAGGGAAACUUGGGGAAUCUUAUGCUACUUUGCUGUCAGACACCAAUCUCGGGACACAGUCUGAUCAGAAGGAAAGGAGAAGAAAAUCUACAGGUCAGUCUUCGCACAGGAGGACCCAACGACGAGCUCACGGCCUAAAGUGAUGCAGCGACUUGGGUAGAGCAGGCUCAAGGGGCUGACUCCUGCUUCUAUUCUUCUGGCUACAGGCAGUGACUUUGCCUGCAUCUCACCCUCUUUAUUCAGCAGCUUAACAUCAGAAGAAAAACUCAUGCAAAUUUCUUUUCUGUGCCUCUAUAAUACAGCGUGUUAAUCCUGGAUUCUAAUUGCACAGUAAUUGUAACCAUGGAAACAGAUGGACAGCGACGGAUCUGUGGGGAGACUGCUGUAUGAGCUUCCCCUUCCCCAUUCUCUAUUUGUUCCUGGAGCAUUGCCAUUCAAUGCCAGAAAUCUCUGAAACAUUCCAUUUCAGUGGUCACAUGGGUCAUAGAUGAUACUCCAAAGUUUUCCAUUAAUCACCAAACAUUGUUCAAAUUUAAAUAGGAGCAGAAGAAUACCUUCCUCUCCCUGGCGCCUUCUCUGACAUUGAUCACAAUCUUGGCUGACCUUCCACCUCAUCUCCACCUUCCCAACUGCUGGCCAUGCCCACAGGUUCCUUGAAGAGACCAAUAAUCCCAUUAUGGAUUUGUGUCACGUUUAAUCUUUCAAGAGUUCUGCUCAGGAUCCAGCUUGCAUCUGGGCACCACAUUUCUGGAAGGAUGUGAGGAUCCUUGGGAGGAUGCAGAAUGGGGCACGAGGGGUUGGUUUAGUUAUGAGAUUAGGUUGAAGUGGUUCUACUUGGAGGACAGGAGAUGAGGGGAGAUUUGAUAAAGAUGCAUGAGAUUAUGACAGGCAUCAGGCACAAUAUAAAGCUGUGCCCAUUAGCUGAUGGUACAAGAACCAGGGCGCACAUUUAAGAUUUUGUGAGCAGCUGCAGGGGACUGUGGCAAUCACCUGGAACUUGCUGCCCACGAGGGUGUUGGAAGUGGAAAUGAUUAAUGAUUUCAAAGCAAAGUUGAAAGGUGAUUCAAAGGAAAUGAACACACUGGGCUAUAGGGAUCGAGCUUGGGAAUGGGACUCAUUGAAUUGAGAGCUGGCACAGACUCAGUAAGGCACAGGAGGAGGCCAUUUGCCCUAAACAACUCAUUUUUGUAUAUUCAAUGAUGGAACAUUCACAGCCUUCUGCGGUAGAGAAAUCCAAAGAUUAAUAAGCAUUUGAGUGAAGAAAUUUUCUCAUCUCAGUCCUAAAUAACCAUCCCUUUAGGCUUGUCAGGGUCAGCCCUGCCAAGCCCUUUCAGAAUCUGGGUCCUUUGAUCAAUGAUAAGGGAGCAGGCUCAUGUCCAUUCUUCCAUUGUCUACAUAUAGCUGGUGCCCAAUAUCAACAAUUGAACAGAAUUAUUAAAAGUCCCAGCAGAAGGGCUGUGACCUCCAGUUCAGGAUAAUCAACGUACAGGUGACACACCCCUCCCAGUGGUGGAACCCCAUCCAGAACAGGCAGACAGCUGACAUCUUCCUGCCACUCCUGCUUCCAAACCCCUCAGCAAUUGCAGGCAACAUCAAAGGAGAAAGCCAGAGUCAAUGGGAACAGCAUCACCUUUUACAAUCCCAAAUCCUCUUCACUGGAUCCUCAGAUUCACGAGGAAGGAGCCAAUAACAGCCAAGCACAGCUCCUUGAUAUGAAUCUACCAUGUUGCCAACCUCACAAAGUUGUGAAGAGUUUGAGAAGCAGUUUUGGGAGAUAGUGAUAGCAGAACCUGCUGUUUUCUCAGGAAGGAGAUAGUUGCCUUGGGGUUGGAGGUAGAGAGUCCAUGGUUUAAGAGCCAGCAUGAGUUCUGAACAAACAGAAUGGCCACUGCCCAGUGUCUGGGUAGCCCAGAGGAUAAGAAGAAUGAUUCAGUUGUUUUGUUUCUGUUCAUUUGUACAGUUUAAUUCUUGCUCUGAUGGUUCUCUUGUUCAUCAGGUUCCUGUCGGUUACAUAGGUGCCACUAACCAGCUGACUAUUUUACAGCCUGUCUUAUUUAAAAUUGUAAAACUUUUCUUUUUGGAAUAAAAUAAUUUUUAAAAAGAAACAAAACAAAGUGGAUUCCUCACCAGAUUUAUUCAACACCUGCCAAAGGAUUGUUCUUAACAAACUCCAAGCCAGCAGGAGCCCCUGAUUGCUCUGUCAGCCUGAGAUCAGUCUUGGAACUGACUGCCAGCUUCACCUCACUUAGGGGCUGCAAUCCAUGCUGUCCACAGGUCAACACUGCUUUGGCAAAGUUGUAAAGGCUGGCCACACUCUGCCAGGGCAGAGUGGGGAGGUUUUAGGAAGGGCGGGGGAAGAGCGUGAACGAGUGAUGGAAGCAUAUUCUCAGUACAUUCCCUGUCCGUUCUCACCUAGUUUUGACUUCACGUGGCAACACUGCUUUCCUUAGAGGAUCCUAUUUCAGAUCUGUGAUCAACCUGCUGUUUCUCUACUUCAUGGGGAUGGAGACAUCUCCCUUGAACCCUAGCCAUUGGGAUGGGUGUUUUUGAAAUCCUCUCAUGUUACUGCUAGUCACAUUCGAUGCUCCAAAAGCUUCUCUUGGCUCAUAGUCACUGUGACACAGUCCAGUGGCUGAGCUGAAAGAGGCAAACUCAAUGCCCUUUACCCCUAUGUCAUGAGGUUGUUCACUCAUUAAUCUGGUUAAAGAGGAACCUCAACCAUUUAUCACUAACUGAUUAGAAUGUGCCCCUAAGCAGCCUUCAGCUGCCUGAUUGUGUUUAAUGAGUGCAAGGUUUUAAAAUCAGUCGCUGGUUCUAGGUUGGGUGAUGGUAAAUAGGGACCGAGAAACCGGACCUGGUUAACAACACAAGGCCUCAUCACCAGCCGAGCACUGGCUGCCUGGGUAGUGAUGGCCAACAACACCUGGCACCCAUUACAGGGCCUUUAAUCCCUUCAGGUGGGUUUCCACUCCAGGAAUGGUUCCUCGGUCCCACUAUGGAUUUGCUCUUCCCUAAAUUACUGCUAUUCCUUCUCCGAGUGAAUCUGUCAAACAUUUCAAUAAAUACUUUUAGCAUAAA